CCCCCCCCCCUUCUCCCCCGAGUCAUCCGCGUUUCCGGCUUCAUCGUGCAGCCUUUCCGCCAAGCCCAUCUAGCCCUUUAUUUCCUCUCUCUUCAUCUCAAACUCUGCUUCAUAUUGGCUUCGGCGAGGGAUUGACCGCGAUGGGACGAGUUUCUGGGUUUCUGAGUUUCUGGCUUAGUGCUCUUCUGAUGUGACUGCUCUCUGCGUGUCAUGUACGUGCGCGCAUCCCCGGGGGGUGGCAAGGGGGAAUGACAUAUCCUACCUGCAUGUCCUAGGCUCGACAACGACACGAAGACCGCCAUGGUUCUCGGCUGCUUACCUCACCAUACUUUGAAGCUGGCUCAUCCCCCCACCAUAGGUAUUGGAGUUGGUGUGUGUGUGUGUGUGUGAGUUUAGAGUUCGACUAGGAACCUGGAGAGAGCUCCCGGACGGUCUCGUGGCACGUCAUGUCAACGGCCUCGAGCAUCAAUCGCCACCUCUCCCGGUGCCUCCUUUUCCCGUCACCUUGGUCCGACAUGUGCAUCUUAUGUUUCUUACCGGUAGUUGCCAGCUCCCGGCUGCUUGCUUACUUGCUCGCCUCCUCGCUCGCUUCUGCCGCAGGCCGCGUCCCGGCUGGCAUCGUGAAGCGUCUUCCCUGUCGAAUAGCGUUGCGGGUGGCCUGGUUUGCAAGCUUCCCCUCUCGAACCAUGCUUGUGUUUCCAUUCACAUACUACGCUGCGUUCCGCAAUCCUCUCUUUUCUGGUUUUGGUCUCGUUGUCCAGCGUUGAGGGACGAAUCGUGGCGGCGGCCAAAUGUGAGUAUGGAGAAGGCUUGUUCCUGAGCCUCGAGAGAGUAAUU